CCGCGUACCUAGCAUGGCCGGCCUUGGGCGGCCGGGCCCAGGGCCGCGCGCAGCAAUGCCCGCCUGGAAGCGGGAGAUCCUGGAGCGAAAGCGGGCCAAAUUGGCUGCCCUGGGCACGGGUCCGGGGCCCGGCGCUGCGCCCGCGGGGCCGGACGAGCGCUUGGUGCUGGCGGAGAGCCUGGGCCCGCUGCGCGAGAACCCGUUCAUGCGGCUCGAGUCUGAGCGGCGGCGUGGGGCGCGGCCGGCGCAGCAGUUGCUGGAGCUGUACCGCCGUGUGCCGGGAGUGCGCACAAUCCGCGCCGACAACAUCCUCAUCAUCGAGUCGGCGCCCGGCUUCCCGCCCGCCGCGCCGCCGUCCGCCGGCAUCCGCGCCGCCGAGGUGCUGGUGUUCGAGGCGCCGCCGCCCGGCCGAGUCAGCCGCCUGCUCGAGAAGUUCGAUCCACCCGCCGCGCCCCGCCGCCGCGGGAGCCCCGAGCGCGCCCGCCCCGCCCCGCCGCCACCACCGCACACCGGGGUGCCCGCGCCCCCUGCCCGCCCUGCGCCCCCUGUUCAGCCGGUGCCCGCAGCUCCGCUCGCGGGCCGGCGAACUGCCUGUGGCGAGCCGGGGCGCCUCGGUGGCGGGGCCGGACCCGUGACCCGGCGCAGCGACUUUCUGAAGAAGACCGGCAGCAACUCCUUCACCGUCCACCCUCGAGGCCUGGCCCGCGGCGUGGGCACUCGCUCACUCUCCAACGGGCCCGCCGACCCCGACCCCCUCGCCGGCCCUGCCAACGGGCUCGCGAGCUCCCCAACUGCGCCGGGCGAGUGGAAGCCAAAGGUGGAGUCGGGGGAGCCCUCCCUCCACCCGCCCCCUAGCCCUGGGACCCCGAGUGCCACUACAGCCGCGCCCCCUGCCUUCUGCGCGCCCAGCUCUGCCAGUGCCACUUCCACUCCCAGCCACUGUCUGAGAGUCUCUGCUGCCGCUAGCGCCAACAGCUCCUUCGAGAUAAGGCCAGCUCCCAAGCCAGACAUGGAGACCAUCCCUUUGGGGGACCUCCAGGCACGGGCCCUGGCUAGCCUCCGUGUGAACUCCCGCAACUCCUUCGUUUUCAUCCCCAAGCGCAACGCCUCCAGGGCCCCUCUUCCCCAGGGGAAGCAGUUGGUGGAGCUGCCAAAGCCAGAGAUGGGCUGGGCUUCUCAGAGUGAGGAGCUCAGAGCCCAGCUGGUGUCUGGAGGGGAUGAUGUGCCUGCCCUCCCAAGGAGCCCCUCUAGGAUUGAGGUGCAGUGGGCAGCCAAGGAGGGGGGCUGUCCCAGGCCAGCCAUCACCCUCACAGACCGGUCCAUUAGGUGGCAGAGGCCAUCCUCACCGCCCCCAUGCCUACCAGUUACUGCUGAGGCAGAGCCUGCUGAGAGUUUGGGGAUUCCCAGCUGCGCCAAGGAUGAUGGGGAGCAUUCAAGGCCAGGACUGCCCAUCACCUUCAUUGAUGAGGUGGACUCAGAGGAGGAAGCUCCCCAAGAAGCCAAACUACCCUGCUCAGGGGCUGAGGUGCCUCUCCAGUACCACCUGCACCGUGCCAGGCCUGAGUACUCCUCAGAGCUCCAGCAGCGAGGCAGCAACACGUUCACAGUGGUGCCCAAGAGAAAGACGGGGGCCCUGCAGAUGCCACAGUCGGAUCAAGCCAAUGGGGAGCCCCCGCCACGGAAGCCUGAGGAAGAGGAGGCUGGUAGUCUCUCAGGAUCUUUUGCUGCCCUGGGUACCACACUGAAGAAGCGCUACCCUACUGUGCAUGAGAUUGAGGUGAUUGGUGGCUACCUGGCCCUGCAGAAGUCCUGCCUCACCAAGGCUGGUUCCUCAAGAAAGAAGAUGAAGAUUUCCUUUAAUGACAAGAGUCUACAGACCACAUUCGAGUACCCCUCCGAGAGCUCCCUAGUGCAGGAGGAAGAGGUGGAGGCUGAAGAGGAGGAGGAGGAAGAAGGAGAGGAGGGGGAAGAGGAAGACGAGAGACUUGGUUCAGAGGAGAAACCCUUUACCCUCUUCCUGCCCCGUGCCACGUUUGUGAGCGGCGUGGGGCCCGAGAGCCCCUGGCUGCCAGAGGGCAGCUCAGGCCUGUCCAGCUAUACUCCAAAGCACUCCAUGGCCUUCAGCAAGUGGCAGGAGCAGACACUGGUGCAGGCUCCAAGGGAGGCAGAGCCCCCACCCAAGGAGGUCAUGCUCACACCUGCCAGUCAGAACGACCUCUCCGACUUCCGCAGUGAGCCUGCCCUCUACUUCUGACCCCUGUGCUGCCAGGAUGGCCAAGGCUGAGCCCCAGAUGUGGUGACCCUGGGAGCCAGACAGUGCCCAAGAGCCCUACCCUUACUUUGCACCUGUGCCUCUUGGCCCUGCUCACCAGCCCUUCCUUCCUAUGGCCUCAUACCCACGCUGGCCCCAGAAGCAACUGGGUUCCUCCCACUGUCAGGUCAAGUCUUUCUGGGUUUCAUCCUGGAUUUGGGGACUCCAAGGAAGAGCACAAGUGGGGGACUUCUUGUGAGGAGGGCUGGGGUACUGCUGGACAGUGUCUGUCUAUGAUCAGGUAGGGACCUGGGCAGAUUCCAAUCCAGGCUGCCCUCUGUCCUGCCUCCAAGGCUACCUCCCAGCCCUGCUGCUGUGCCUGGCAACUAACGGGCAUGUGGAGGUCAGAGGCUGUCCCAGCUGCUGUCCUUUGCAGGAUUCCUAGCCCCCUGUCCUCAGCUCACAUUCCUACCACGGUGGAGCUCAGCCUACCCUCUGACAGAUGGCAAGUGUUUUCUUGCUUCUGAUGUUGGACUCAAUAAACAACACUGGACAAGGCGG